UUGUUAUUGUAUUCAUCCGCUCCUGAACACCUUCGCAAACAACGUUGUCGGCUAGCGAGCAGUCAGUUAAACUGUUUUAAUUGUGUAGUUUGUAAGCUGUGUUUGUACGACCGACAAUUUAUUAUACUGCAGCCUCUCUUACAUUUGGUUGCAAUGAAGUUCCAGUAUAAAGAGGAGCAUCCGUUCGAGAAGAGGCGAUCCGAGGGAGAGAAAAUAAGAAAGAAGUAUCCCGAUAGGGUUCCUGUAAUUGUUGAAAAAGCCCCCAAAGCCAGAAUAGGAGAUCUGGACAAAAAGAAAUACCUUGUCCCCUCUGAUCUCACAGUGGGCCAAUUCUACUUUCUCAUCCGAAAACGAAUCCACCUGAGGGCCGAGGAUGCGUUAUUCUUCUUUGUAAACAAUGUGAUUCCUCCCACCUCUGCAACCAUGGGCCUGCUAUACCAGGAGCAUCAUGAAGAGGAUUUCUUCCUGUAUAUUGCAUACAGUGAUGAAAGUGUGUAUGGAAAAUAGAACCAAAGGGAUAAACUUCAUGUCCUUUUAAAAGAAUAUAUAAAAUCAUAUCAGCAGCCUAGAGUUCUCAGAGCUAAAUCAGAUGCACUUUGCUAUCUUUUUUUAAAUAUAUAUGUAUAUAUAUGAUUUAAAGUCUCAUCACACUCUGUUGCUUUAUUUUUAAUUUUUGCUACAUGGUGGCGUUGACAAGUAAUUUUUCUGUUGUACAAGCUUGGUUCCAGAAUUUAUAUAAUAACUAUAAAGUAAUUCUGAUUUUUGUUCCUUUUUUGCCAAUUCAGCAACAGUGCUCUAAUGGUUAGUACUUGAAGGAUAUACUGCUUAUUUGCCUGGAUUUUGAAAUGUAUCUUGGCUGCACCAAAAUCUAGUGUAUUAAUGUAGUGUACUUUUUUUUUUUUUUUGCAUGACCUUGAAACAUUUAGGGUGGCAUUGUGUUUGAGUGCUGUUUGGCAUCCACUGACCAAUCACGUAUAAAAGAGCAGGGUAAAGUCAAUCAUUUUGUGCUCUCAUGUGGUUUAAGUACUUUUAAUGUUGGAUUGUUUUGUACCUAUAUGAUUUUAGGUGAUUUUAUCUUGAUUUAUGAGAUUGUAUACCUUGAAGAUUUGGUUUAUUUAGCAGAUUUUGUUUGUUUUUGAACUCGGUAUUCAGCUGCAUUUCUGGUACCCUUGUGGUGACCAUAAAAACUAAACACACAUAAUUUGUCUAUCUCUCUGUUCACAGUUGUUUAAGUAUGUUUGUUUAGAUUAUUUGAUUCCUGAUUACUAAAAAACAAAAUGGGAAGAACCUGCACACAUUCAUGGCAUUCUGAACGAAUGACAGAAAUUGCUGAAUAUUAUUAUUAUUAUUAUUAUUAUUAUUAUUAUUGUUCGUAUCUGCACUGUGAAGGGCAGUGUGUCUCCGGAAGCUGGGACAAGAAAGUUGUCCUAACUGAUUCAAUUCGAGAAUUCAUUCUUGAGUGUCCAUUACUUAAAGCUAGGCAUUACAUUCGGAUACUUUGUUUAAAAACACAGUGUAAGCAAAUUGUGUAUUUAUGUUAAAGUACGUUAUUUAAAAACAGCUUAACAAACUAAAUUGAAAAUGAUAAAUUUGGCUUACUGCUGAUGGAACAAAUUAGACGUAUUUUAAAUACCUCUAUUUGGUAUCUAGAGACUGUGUAGCAAAGAUAGUGGUUCAUAUUUCUGCUCAUGUUGUUCACAACUUGGCUGCACAAAACUGCUUUUUGUGAUCCUCUUCACUAUAGGAAUUCCAAACGGUCAUCCUGUGGAUUUGUGAGAGCAAGAAUAUGAGCAGUACUGCUAGAGCUCAGUAAUUCUAAAGUGCCAGACUUUUAAAGAAUAAUAAAACUAUUCAUGUUCACUUUAA